CCCCCUUGUGAUGCCGCAGUAGCCGGUCGCCCCGCCCAGCCCUCCGAGGGAGGCAGGGACGCGCCUGUAACUCUGUCCCCUCUGCCGGAAUUGGUCUUUUCCUCUUCCCCCCGGCCAGAUAUUGGCUGCCGUUCGCCAGCACGGAGAGAAAGGAUUGGCUGUGCUGAGGGCGGCGGGCAGGCUGUGGUGGCCGCUGGGAGGCGUGCAGCCGGGCCCGGAAGGGAAUCUCAUGCAACAAUGGGUCAAGAAGCUGGCAAACCUGCAUGGCCAAAACCAACAGGAGGGUAUCGGACUAUUACGGGUAGAAGAUACGGAAGAAGGCAUGCUUAUGUCAGUUUCAGACCAUCUAUGAAUAGUCAAGAUGGAAGUCAACACCAAGACAAUGGAGAAUAUGAAGGAUUAGAAUUGAGUGAUGUUCAGGAACAGAUUUCUUUAUGUUCUGGACCAUUGGUUCAAGUUACUCCCGGUUUAUUGGAUGAGCCUCUGUUAGAAAAUGAUGGAACUGGGAAACCCAUUUGCCGAGCUGUGUUCAGGAAAACUUCUGAGGCAAUCCCUUCACCAUUUUCUUACAGUGUAGAAGGCAGCCAGAUUUCAGGGGACAUUAUAAGCCCUGACAAAAAUUCUGAGGACCUUGCAAAAUAUGCUUCUGGAGAGUGUGAUGAUUUGAAUGGUUGCAAUGGAAUUGCUUUUGUAAACAUAGACUCUUAUGAGCCAGAUAGCAGUGAUGGAGAAGAUGAUGAUGGUCAAGACCAACUUUGCUUGGUGAGAGAAGAAGCAGGCGUACUUCAGGAAACACUAGAUAACCUAGUAUCUGAAUUAGAAAAGGAUGUAGAAUCUCUUACGCAUUUACGGUCUCAAUUAACUACUCUCAAUGACAGAGUCUCUAGAGAAUGUUGUAAAGAAAUAGAACCAGUGCCCUUAACAAGACAUCUUAGUACAGACUCAGACUUUAUGCAUCCAAACAAUGGGACGUAUAAAAAAUCUGCUGAAGAUCAAGCCAUACUGAAAAGUAACCAGAGUGGUGCCAGCUGUGAAACGCAAAUGGUAAACACAGUGAAUAUUGAAAACAGGACCUGUGUAGCAACCUGUAAUGAAUUAAGUAUCAAUGGUGGGGAGACUGAACAAGGAGAUUCACCUGAACUAAUAGUGAGACCUAAAGUAAGAAAACUAAACUCCACAAACCAUUUGGACAGAGAGAAGCUUUCAAGUAAUAAUGAAGAAGAAAGAAGUUCUAGGAAGGAAGGUGAAAUUGAUGAAAUCAAGCAAGGCUGUGCUGAGUUUUCCUUCAAAAAUGAUGCAGAAAAAUUGAGCUCCAGUAUGUUAUUUGAUUCCAAAUGGUACAGUGGUCCUCAAAGCAGCACAAAAGUAGACCUAAGGAGAAAUAGGUCAGCACAAGAACAAAAAGAUAUGCUAGAUGAUAGUAGUUUCUGGGAUGCGUUUGAAGACUGCAGCAGACACUUAUCAGUGUCCCACAGAGAUGAGGACAGCUCAGAGUGUAGUGAUGGAGAAUGGCCCACAGCUGGGCCUAUCUAUUUUGCUGCUGCAGAAAAAGACCAGUCCUCAAGUGAUGAGAGCUGGGAGACUGUCCCAGGCAAGGAGGAACAUGAAGCAGAAGUGCUAAGCAGCAGCAGUGGUAUAGAAGUGAAUGUAGACCCUUGUUUCCACGGAGGGGUGCAAACGUUUUUGGAGGAAGGAGAAAUUCCUUGGUUACAGUAUCAUGAAGAAAUAGAAAGUAGCAGUGAUGAGGAAGAUGAUCCGUCUAGUGACUUUGUGCAUCCUGGAUUCUUUAUGUUGGACGGCAACAACAACCUUGAGGAUGACUCCAGUAUGAGUGAGGACCUGGAUGUGGAGUGGAGGUUGCUGGAUGAGCUUGGUGACGGACUAGGAGUUGCUCAAGUCAUUUCAUACGUGGAUCCUCAGUUUUUCACAUAUAUGGCACUAGAGGAGCGCUUAGCACUAGCUAUGGAGGUAAAUGCUCUGGCACAUUUGGAGUCUCUUGCAGUUGAUGUUGAACAGGCCCAUCCACCAGCUUCUAAAGAAAGCAUAGAUUGUCUACCCCAGAUUAUCGUCACAGACGACUAUGAUGGUCAAGAACAGUGCUGCACUAUAUGUUGCAGUGAAUACGUGAAAGAUGAAGUCAUAACAGAGCUACCCUGCCAUCAUUUGUUUCACAAACCUUGUGUCACUCUUUGGUUACAGAAGUCAGGAACAUGUCCUGUUUGUCGCCAUGUGCUUGCUCCCAUGCUUCCUGAAGCAGCUGCUGCCACUGCUUCCUUUCUACCUGAUGAUGAUUCUUCAUCUUCUGUUUAGGGUGUUACAAGAGCUCCCGGCUAGGGUCUGAAAUGAACACUCUACUGCCAAAAUAAAUGUUAAUCCUGCUUAAUUACAAUGUGAAAGAAUGAUAUGUAAAAUACCUUGUAUAUUAUGUUUCAGUUUUAAAAGAAGAUGCAAGAAUUUUUCAACAGAUUAGGUAGGUUUACAAUAGUUUCUAGCUUUCAAUAUGAAAAUCUUAAAAUGUGCACCCUUUUUUUUUUGUUUUCAGAGUAAUACUGCUAGUAACUAGAAUGUCUAAAGCUUGUUCUAUUUUAAAUUUGUCUAAAAAGAUAAUACAGCACUUUGUGUUUGCAUUCUUACAACUGCAGUGCAGUUGCAGCUUACUGAAGUCGUGCUUAUAGACUGUCUUACAUAACUGAACUAUUUGCCAAUGAGUAACUGUAAUUUUUCUUGUGUUUACAUCAGAUAUAAAGACAUUUUGUCAUGACAACAGUACAGCUUGCUUUCACCGGAAACAGAACGGAACAGUAUCUCAGUUUUAUUCCAUAUUAAACUCCUUCUUGCCAUCAGAAGUGCUGUUAUGUUACUGUUGUCUGGGCUUUUUUACAAACGCUGUUACCAAUUUUAAGUCUAAGUCCUGAAUGAACUUGUAGACUGUAUGAACUUUGAAACUAAAACAUUUGAUAUUCCGAGUUUCUAAGAAGUUGAAUCUGUAAGAUCUGGGCAGCUGGUUCUUUCGAGUUCUUUAAAUACCGUUCUACUGAAUAGGCCUCCUUUACUUUCCUCUCCUUGCACGCACAUUCUUCUAGAUAUAUUUAUUUUUAUAUAUAUAUAUGUUGGGGAGGGAUUGCUUUCCUAAUGCAGAUAUUAUUAAAAUAUUUUUGUUGCAGUGGGUUAUGCUACAUAGAGGAUUUUAAAGGAUAAAAGACCGUAAUUUCUAAAAUGUAUUUCUCUAAUUAAUACUCUGUGUCCCUUAAAAGUUUUCUCUUGUGCUGAAGUUAGUCUUAAAACACAGAAUGUUAAGGUUUGGAUUUGUUUUUCUAUAUUAACAGUUGUUAAAUCCUACACUGUUGGAGCAUGGGGAUAAUAUGCAAGGAACCAAAUCCAAGCACUCUUAAAAUUACUUGCUUCCAGUUAACUACUAGUUAAGCUCAUGGAAAGCCCAGUUUGAUAAUUGAAAAUGAGUGAUGAUUGGAAAAAAAAAGAUUAAAUUAGCACUCAGCUACUUAGUGAUGGCUGUUGCUGCCAUAAUAGCCUCAUCUUUACAAAUACUAAUGUUAGUCGAAUAGUGGUGUAUGUAAGGCAGUAAUGCUAGUUUUUGAGAGGCGUACUGAAUAGUGUGAGUUACUUUACAUUGAACUUUGUGGGCUGCAACAGGACAAAGAAUUGCUGGCCAUAGAACUAAUGCUGAGGUUUUAGAUGUUGCAUUACUAAACAUGAGUACAAGGAAGUAAGAGCGGUAGGGUGUUGGUGAAAAGUGGUGGAAGCGUGGUGAGCACAGCUCUUCAUAAGUUUCUUUCUCUGCAGUAGAACUCUAUGUUCAUCAAAGCUGUCAUCAGCAGGAUUUUGAAAAAUGUGACAAGGAACAUACACUACAGGUAUACUCACUGGGGCAGUUCCUACUAAUCCAAGAAGCAUUAUGAUUUUCCAUAUCCCAUUUAUAAAUCAGUGCUGGCGAGAAUGCCCAUUGGUUGCUCCUUUCAUGGCAAAUGCUACGACAGGUGUUUUAACCAGCCUGUGUUACGUUUCUUUCCUGAACUGCACAGUAUGCUGUCCCUCAUUUAAUCCUUUAAGAACUGUGUUUUGUAAAGAGGAUUACUUUAGAUUCUGGGGCAAGAUUUGGAAGCACUUUUGCUUGUAGCUUUUGAUUCCAGAUUUAACCAGCAAUGUCAAGAGCUAAGACAGAAGUAGCUGUUGGGCUUUUCUUCCUCCUUAUAUUAUUAUUCGCUUCAGUUCUGCUUGCUGUUUCUAAACAGCUGAUUAACAACUGUCUUAGGAAGAGUGUUGAGGGUUUUUUUCUCACCCCCCCCCAGCUUGAAUAUUGAUGGGUUAUUCAUAGAUCUUUCUUGGUGCCUCAACUGCUAGUUAUGAUUUACGUAUUUUGUUUUGUAAAUGAAAUUGAGUCAGAUUGCUGUGCAGAUUCAGUGGUAAAAUCAGUUCAAGUUGGCCUGGUCCUUGAAAACACCUUGUAAAAUGUAAUGUUUUCCUAGAACAAUAAGAAGUUAAAGAACAAAAAUUUGCUCGAACAGAACAUUCUGGGCAUUCUCUAGUAAGAACUUUUAGCUAAAAGAAGAAAAUAUUUUUUUCCACAUUAAAUAAAAACAAACAUUCAAUAGCAAGGAAGAGGGAAAUUAGCGUGCUACAACUGAGGGUUUGUAUCAUCUCUUUGUGUACUAGUAAACUGGAUGUGUCAAAAGUCCAAAGGAGAUCAUAAAAGGGGAUAGACAAAUUACCUACUUUGAAUAAUGUUUAAGUAAUAUAGAAGUUCUUGUGAAAAAAAAAAAAGUGUUUCUGGUACACUACAUAAUGUAAAAUGAAUGCUAUUUAAUAUGAAAUAAAACAUUUUCACUGCAAAGUUAAAA